UGCAGGGGCCCGGCCCGGCCACUCCGGCCUCCGGCCGCGGCGCCCCGGCCCCCUGCCCGCCCCCGCGGGGCCGCGCCUGGGCUCGGCGGGAGGUGGAUGCGGGGCCGGGGCUCCCCGCCCCCGCGCCGGCAUUGUGCUGCCGCUCGCACUCGGCAGGCGCGGCGGCACCGGGAACCCCGGGCGCCUGAGGCAGCCUCGCCGCCUCCGCCUCCUCCUCCUCCGGAGCUGGGCGCAUGAUGGCGGCAGCCGCCGUAGCGGCGGUGAGCAGCGCCGGGAGUGGCAGCAGCGAUACCUCCAGCACGGGCGAGGAGGAGAGGAUGAGGCGCCUCUUCCAGACCUGCGACGGCGACGGGGAUGGCUUCAUCAGCAGGAAUGACUUGCUGAUGGUGUGCCGCCAGCUGAAUAUGGAGUCGUCUGUCGCGGAGAUCAUGCACCAGCUGGGAGCAGAUGAAAAUGGAAAAAUUUCCUUCCAGGAUUUUAGUCAGUGCCGCAUGGAACUGGUACGAGAAAUCAGGAAGGAGGAAGUGGAGCUUUCUGUGAAAUCGGAUGACUCUUGUAAAAGGAGAAAGUUAAGGGAUAGGAUAGCUUCCUGGCCAACUAGCAGCAAUAACAGUUUAGGUGCCUUAUCGGGAGCCAGAGAAAGCUGGGAGUAUGAUUCAGGAGCAAGAGACCUUCAGAGUCCAGACCUCCAGAGUCAUUUUACACUACAAAAGGUGUUGGAGUAUGGUGGAAGCAAUGUGACUCAACAGGCUGCUCUGCAAAGACUUGUAGUUCAGGCCUCAAAUUUUAGCAGCUCUGUUGGAGGAAGCUACUUAGAACUUGCCAACACUCUUCAUUUGGCAGCCCUGGCUUCAUUAAAGGGAGACAUAGUGGAGCUUAAUAAACGUCUACAACAAACAGAAAGGGAGCGUGACCUACUGGAAAAGAAAUUGGCAAAGGCACAGUGUGAACAAUCCCACCUAAUGAGAGAGCAUGAAGACGUGCAGGAGCGAACAACACUACGCUAUGAGGAACGAAUCACAGAGCUGCACAGUAUCAUCGCCGAAUUAAAUAAGAAAAUUGAUCGACUACAGGGAACAACAAUAAGGGAGGAAGAUGAGUAUUCAGAGCUGCGGUCAGAGCUCAGCCACAGCCAGCAUGAGGUUAACGAAGACUCACGCAGCAUGGACCAGAAUUCUGUUUCGGUACCAGAGAAUCAGUCCACCAUGGUCACUGCAGACAUGGAUAACUGUAGUGACUUGAAUUCAGAACUGCAAAGAGUGUUGACAGGUCUGGAAAAUGUUGUCUGCGGGAGGAAGAAAAGCAGCUGCAGUUUAUCGGUCGCAGAAGUGGAUAGACAUAUUGAACAACUCACUACUGCCAGUGAACACUGUGAUUUAGCCAUUAAGACCGUGGAAGAGAUUGAGGGUGUGCUGGGACGUGACCUUUAUCCAAAUCUAUCUGAAGAGAGAUCUCGAUGGGAAAAGGAGCUAGCUGGCUUGCGGGAAGAGAAUGAGAGCCUCACGGCCAUGCUGUGCAGCAAAGAGGAGGAGCUGAACAGGACCAAGGCCACCAUGAAUGCUAUUCGUGAAGAAAGGGACAGACUGCGUAGAAGGGUUCGGGAACUGCAAACACGUUUGCAAAGCGUGCAGGCAACAGGCCCAUCCAGCCCAAGUCGUCUCACUUCUGCCAAUCGACCCAUUAAUCCCAGCACGGGAGAGCUGAGCACAAGCAGCAGUAGCAAUGACAUUCCCAUAGCCAAGAUUGCUGAAAGAGUGAAGUUGUCAAAGACAAGAUCAGAGUCUUCAUCAUCUGAUAGACCUGUCUUAGGAUCAGAAAUCAGCAGCAUAGGGGUGUCUAGUACUGUGGCUGAACAUUUGGCACAUUCCCUCCAAGACUGCUCAAACAUCCAGGAAAUCUUCCAGACUCUUUAUUCACAUGGAUCUGCUAUCUCUGAAAGUAAAAUCCGAGAGUUUGAAGUGGAGACAGAGAGAUUAAAUAGCCGUAUUGAGCACUUGAAAUCCCAGAAUGACUUGUUAACAAUAACACUGGAGGAGUGCAAGAGCAAUGCCGAGAGGAUGAGCAUGCUUGUUGGGAAGUAUGAGUCCAAUGCCACAGCCCUCAGGCUUGCAUUGCAAUACAGUGAACAGUGCAUAGAAGCAUAUGAGCUGCUGUUGGCAUUGGCAGAAAGUGAGCAGAGUCUCAUUCUUGGGCAGUUCAGAGCCGCAGGUGUUGGUUCUGUUGGAGACCAGACAGGUGAUGAAAACAUCACCCAGAUGCUUAAGAGAGCUCAUGACUGCAGGAAGACAGCUGAGAACGCAGCAAAAGCCUUGCUGAUGAAACUAGAUGGGAGCUGCGGGGGAGCCUAUGCAAUCACAGGCUGUAGCGUGCAGCCAUGGGAAAGCCUGUCAUCCAACAGCCACACAAGUACUACCAGUUCAACUGCAAGCAGUUGUGAUACGGAAUUUACAAAGGAGGAUGAGCAGCGGCUGAAGGAUUACAUCCAGCAGUUGAAAAACGACAGGGCGGCAGUGAAACUGACAAUGCUGGAGCUGGAAAGCAUCCACAUUGAUCCCCUUAGUUAUGACGUUAAACCUCGUGGAGACAGCCAGAGGCUAGACCUGGAAAAUGCAGUCUUGAUGCAGGAACUUAUGGCAAUGAAGGAGGAGAUGGCUGAGCUCAAGGCACAGCUUUACCUGCUAGAGAAGGAGAAGAAGGCAUUGGAAUUGAAACUGAGCACUCGAGAGGCCCAGGAGCAGGCCUACCUCGUCCAUAUUGAGCACUUGAAGUCUGAAGUGGAAGAGCAAAAGGAGCAGAGGAUGAGGUCUCUCAGCUCAACCAGCAGCGGAAGCAAAGACAUAUUGGGCAAGGAAUGCAGUGAUGGCACCGCAACACCGUUAACACUAGCUGAGCUGAGACCGUACAACGAGAGUGAACUGACUGCUGAACUGACAAAUGCACUGAGGCGGGAGAAGAAACUGAAAACUAGAGUGCAAGAGUUAGUGAGUGCUUUGGAGAGACUCACGAAGAGCAGUGAAAUCAGACAUCAGCAGUCUGCAGAAUUUGUUAAUGACCUUAAAAGGGCAAACAGCAACUUGGUAGCAGCUUAUGAAAAAGCAAAGAAGAAGCAUCAAAAUAAGCUGAAGAAACUGGAAUCGCAAAUGAUGGCCAUGGUGGAGAGACAUGAAACACAAGUAAGGAUGCUCAAACAAAGAAUAGCUUUACUAGAAGAGGAGAACUCUAGACCACACACCAAUGAAACUUCACUUUAAAUGCAUCUCUUUCAAAGAUGCUUUGUGCCAUUACAAAUUUCUUUCUUUUGGAGGCUGACUUUUAGGUAGCUUCAAACACUAAAAGCUCUGACUGUCAACGCUGACAUACUUAAGCACCUUCUCUGGGAUCCCAGAGAGGUGCCAUGGGGAUAAUGUAAGUGUUAACCUUAAGGACUGUUUCAUAAUGUAAAAUGGCAGUGCCUGAAUUAUCAUGCUAUAAUUAUGUACGUUGUCUGUGUCAUUAUGUCUAUAUUCACACAGCUUCUAUUAAAUUUUAUGUUUGUCCCAUGGAUGACAGUGUCAUAUAGCAAAAUAAUUCAUGUUAAGAGGGUUUAAUUUGGGCAGUUUGGAGAUAAUUUGAGAGUUUUCCCCAUCCCUGAGCUCCCUCUGCACACAGCUCUGUAUUGUACCCUCAACACUUGCUGCUGUAGUUAAAUCAACUAUAUAGGCAGCUGCAGAGUAGGGAGAUGAUAGGCUUGCUUGAUUUUUUUGCACUGUACUUGCAGUACUGUCGCUCACAGUGCAGAUCAGGUAGGAAAACUCCUGUUGAUUUGGGAAAAAAAACAAGAAACCCUAGUUGCAUCUCUGAAAACUAUGAUAACGGUGUAUUUCUUACAGUUUGUGAGAGGACUAAAGGCUCUGAGUUUCACCAUGCCAGAUAGAUUGUGCCAAGGUUGGGUAAGAAGUUACAGGAGACCUCCUGGUAUUUAUAUUGCAUGGUGUUUGCAAUUAUGUUGUGAAACAGUUCAUUUUUCUUGUUAAUACAUUAUAGCCAAGGUUUUCUUUAAGAAGCUGGGCCAUUUUUGUCAUGUGUAUAGUGCUUAUUAUGGCUUUCUGUGAUCGAGAGGUAGACUGUCUUCUUUUUAUACUUGUUUUGACCAAAAAAGGUACUUACUAGAAAUGUACCUAUUUAAUAUUGAAUACAUAGGCACAAAACUAUAAAUGUGUAGGUGUAUGGAUAUACAGCCACAAACAGAAUGUGAAUGGUGAAGUCUUCAUACGGCUUCUUAGGUUAGUUUUUGUUACUGCUAACAUUCUCUUCUUUUGUUUAAGUCACAUCAUGUUACUGUAUUAUCAAACUGAAUAAAUUGAAAAUGUUGGCCUAUUACAGUAAUGAACACGAAGCAAAGCAUGGCAAUCAAGCUGAUUUCUCUAGGGAGCAAAACACGGAAGUCUGCCAUAGCACCUUUCAUUCAGAAUUUGCUUCUUUGUGACUAUGUAAAAAGCUUCCACGUUUGUUUUAACAUGCCAAAUUAGAGUCCAUUAACUUCAUUAGCCUGUUACUGUGUUACACCUCUAAUCUGUAUUUUUUAGGCUGUUUUCAAGUGAAUCUGAUUUCAGGAGUUGUUUAUCCUUUUUGCUUUACCUGUUGUGUUGCACCUCAGGUUUUAUUAGUGUAUUUAGAAUUAGGAUAACUUCUCUCAUUUAUUCCUCCAAUUACUACUACUAAGGAAAUAUUUUUAGAGGACUUGAACCAUUGUUGUCUACUCUUGGGUUAGGCCAGGCAGCCAAAAGUGUUGUGGGAAUUUGUGUUCAGAAUAUGGCAUUACUGUUAAGUCUUGGUUACAUCUGAAACUGUAGCAGUUGGUGUUCAUGACAUCUCUUAUUACUGUAGCUGCUGUUUUCUUCUUUCUUAGGGUAGUGAUUCCUACUCUGGAGUCUGAAACAUCAGCUGCAAAGCCAACAUCAUAAGUGAUUGAUUGCAAUACCAAUGAAAACAAUGCUGAUUUCAAAAUUAAGUUGUAGGUAGUGAUGCCCUGGGAUUAGUUUUGAUCAGUCCUCUUUCUCAAGAUAAUUGCACUUCUUAAUUUAUAAUGCAAAUGGAAAUUUUUGCAAACCAAUCUGUUGAGGGAGCAGGCACACUGAUUUCUUAUGGUCUUCAUGGUUUUGCCAAGUAUCUGUCUAUGGUGUUUCCCUUUUCUGGGCACCAAGUUUCUCACCAACAGGAAUGUGAGGUUUUGCUGUAAGCUUCACAGCUGGUCACACUUGUUUCUGAAGAAACACAAAAUAAUCCACUGUGUACUGUGGCAAAAAUGCAGUUGCACGUUUGCCUUCUUGCAUCUGAAACACCCAUGUAACUUGAGGUCAUCUCAAACCGUCCAUGUGAAAUACCUUUUGCUUAAGGUGACUAGAAACCACUGCUGCACUGGCUUUCCUCUUGUGUUCAUUUUUUUCUAUUUCUUGGUAGCUAGAGAAGCUGCUAAACAUAAUACAAUGAAGCUUAAAGCAUUUGAAUUGAAACCUGUCUUCAAAGGAAAGAUACAAAUUAAGAAAGCAUAAAAUGCACCUGGGUUUAAAGGCAUAAAAAGCUGCAGUGUCCCUCGGUGCCUUUUUCAGGCCUAAGGAGUUGCUGAUUCUGCAUAAACUAAAUGCUGUUUUACUACAUCAACUGCAUAUGUUCCCUGGCAACUGUGCUCUAAAAGUGUUUUAGAAUAAAUUAUAAAUCAUCAGUAAAUGUAAGCCACUCCCCCUUUCUUCCCAUAGGGCUUGUAGAUGAAAAAUCUAGACUGGUAUCAUACAGCCUCAGCAGUAGCUAUAGUUCACCAGACCACCAGUUAUUUUGCCUGAACAAGCAGCUACUGCUUCAUUUGUUGGCAUACUGGAAAAGACUAAGAGGGAAGUGGCAAAACAUUUACUCUUACUGUGAAAAGUGUUUAAUAUUAACAAUUAGCUGCAGUUCCAGUGUACCUGUUAAAAUGGCACCAACCCUAAGGAUAUAUACCAAAAAAUCACCUCCUUUUAUGCAACUGUUUGAAAUACCAGCACACCAGCCUAUAGACAAGUGCGCAAAUCACCUUGAGGCACAGCAACCUAACUCACUUAACACUUGUUGCAGAAACAGUACAUUUGCAAAGCAAGAAAAAGAGGUGGUUCUUGCCAAAGAACCCAAGUUGUUCACUCGUUAAUUAAUCUUAGGGUGGUUUUAGGGUUUGGUUUUUUUUGAAGUCAGAGUGCAUGAAACUUUGUCUUUCACAGUGUGUUCAGAAAAAAAGUACUUUUUUUUCCUAAUCAAUCAAAUGUAUAAAUCUUAACCAGCUUGAAUGUACUGUUAGCUAUUGCAAAGCACAUGUGACUACAUUUGCAUUAAUGUCAGUAUUGUUCCACUGGUUUUAUUAGGAUUUUCUCCUCCUUUAAUACUGUACCAUGCAUUGUAAUUUUAGAAACUUUUCACAUUACUGAAUUAGCUUUAAAUGUGUUGCUUUUUAGUUUCCUAGCUGCUGUAAAAUAGCUAUUUUGUGUUUAUUUGAUAUAGAAUUGUAAAAACUGCAUUUAUUUAUACAGAGACAUUUAUAAUACUUAUUUUACAAAUGUUCUUAUAUUCUGAAUAAAUUUCUAAUGCUG